CUCACAGUUACUGCAGCGAGUGCUUCAACAGUGAUCGUAGUAAUUUCGUUGAUUAUUUGCAGUGUCUUAAGAAAAAGAAAACAAACAGAAGUUCAGUCUGGAAAUAUUAAGAGAAAUGGAGAGUUUGAAAUUGCAAUGGAAGUUAUGUCGAAUCAAACACCCAAAGAUUGGACUGACUUCAGAUCAUACGAGCCACCUUGGGAUUUAGAUUCUAGUGAAUAUCACAUUCCAUCUGAAGUCAAUAAUACAUAUCAGACACUUGAUUUUACCGUACGAAGUCACGUGACUCCAAAAUUUGCGGCGGAAAAUAACUACUCUGUUGCCAACUUUGCAAAUAUCACCCAAAAAGGUGAUCACUUUACAAAAGGCAAAGCUGCUAUGUUUAAAAUGAAGGACAUCGGAGAUGAAAGUGGUCGAAAUCUACAAAAAACACCCCUAUUUAACCAGAGCCCAUCGACCAAGACGAUACCAUCAGAAGAGACCGUUGCAUAUUGCGAUACAGCAAUUUUCCAUCAAGAGUUUUUAUAUGAUGUCCCCAAAAACUUAAUUUUUGACGCAGUUAGAAAUCCGAAUAAUAAUUUCACAGGUGAACAAAAGGCAGUUGCGAUUAUUCCUUCUACGGAAUUAAACCAAUUAAAAAGUACUCGUAUUUUAAAAGAUAAAAAGGAGAAUGCAAUGGAUUCCUUCAAAGAUAAACUCAAUAUGUCUCUAUCAAAGAAACAAUUUCGCCAACCAAAUGCGUAUCCUCUGAUUCCUUUUCCUCCGUCUGAGACUGAAAUCUACUCUUUCGCAAAAUAAUGGAACAUGAUAUUUUCGUAUCAUAUUAACUUCAAUAUUUGGGGAUAAAUAUUCCCAGUAAUCUUGUGAUGAUUGUUUCAAACCUUCAUGAUAUUUUAUGAAAAUGUAACAAAUAUCCAGUAGGAAAACCAAAGUUAUGUUUUCCAGAACAAAAAUUAGUAACAUUUUACUCACUAUAUUUUUAAUGAUUUAUAAACAAUAAUAACAAGUUUGGAGACAUCGUGAAGAUGAUCAGGUAUUGAAAAUCAAAAACAGAUUCGCAAUAAUUAGAAAAAAAGGGAAAUGAAGAUAUCAAAUGUCACCAUUUCUAAUAUUGUAAGAACGUCCUAUCAUGCUCCACAUUAAAUAUCAGUCUUAGCUGAAGUUUAGGCGCAAUUGCAAGUUUUAUAUCGAUCGGAGUUGUAUGAUGUAAAUUUUACUUUUAGCAAGGUUUAACGGGAAAUGACAAUAAAUAUGGGAAACUAUAUAAUACUUCACAAGACUUUAAAAUAAUUUGAAAUUUCAAAACAUUAUUUUAUCAAAACUGAAAUGACUUUUGGUAAAGAUUCAAGCAUAUCAUAUAUUUCUAAAUUCAUGUAAAUUAAUUAAUAUUUUGAAGCUAUACGGGCAGGUAAGAAUCAGUUCUGUUCAAAGGGACAUUCAAAAUCAUAAGUCAAAAAUAAAUAGCAACGCCACGGCAAAAGAGAUAAAAGACAAAAUGACAAAAUGACAAACAUCAGCAUAUUAAACACAACAAGGAAAAUUCAAGACUAAGCCCCAGAAAUAGGGUGUGAUACAAACAGAUUUAAAAAUCUUUCAAGUCAAUGCGGUCCUCAAACAAAAUAAAUAAAC